CAAUCUUGUCAAGGCAGAAUGAAGCAUAUUGUAAAGAUUAUGUCAUUGGUAGUAGCCAUCGCUGCCUUUUGGAUUGGCCUCUUGGCGGCAUCAGUGGUUCCACGUAAUUAUGGUUGGUUGCUACCGAUCUACUUAAUUGUGUCACUAGGAUGCUAUGGUCUUCUAAUGGUUGGAGUUGGUUUGAUGAGAUUCCCAACAUAUCCUCAUGGAGCACGGCUGCUACAAAAGGACAUAGCAGAAGCCAAAGAAUUCUUGAAACGAAGAGGCAGCGAUGUGGGUUCUGAUUAAAGCCUGAGAAAAUUUAUUUUUUUCCUGUGGUGGAUUAAAAGAAGAAGCCAAGCGAUGUUGAGACGAAGAGGAAAUUCCUUGAAUCUUGCUCAAACGAAUUAUAAUGAAAAUUCAAACUCAUUUGAAGCAUUUGUCUCCACAUGAGAAACUGUAAUGAUACUUUCUAAUUGCAACUGGGAUUGGAAUCA